UCUCUGACGCCCAGACUAUACCUGUCUCUGAUGCCCAGACUGUACCUGUCUCUGACGCCAAGACUAUACCUGUCUCUGACGCCCAAACUAUACCUGUCUCUGACGCCCAAACUAUACCUGUCUCUGACACCCAGAUUAUACCUGUCUCUGACACCCAGACUGUACCUGUCUCUGAUGCCCAGACUAUACCUGUCUCUGACACCCAGACUAUACCUGUCUCUGACGCCUAGACUAUACCUGUCUCUGACGCCU